ACCACGCAUGGCUGUUAACAUGGGACACUUGCACUUGGGGCUUGUUUGUCCAUCUGGAAUUUCGAGUUUACUGUUUUUAUACGUUACAUUUUUACAUUUGGAUAUUUAGAAAAUACAUCGCAACGGCGCAGACAGCGAAAGACUAAAUGGACAGUACGUCCAUUAUUACCCAAGUUAAUCGGGAAGAGGAACAACUUGCCACUUUCCCACCCGAAAGAGCCUAUCCUGUGAUAAAAAAGCCCAGAAAUAAAGGUUUCCUCAGUACUUUGUUAUGUUGUUUUGGUGCAAAUGCUGGUCAGACUAAUCCUCCCAUUUAUGCUGAGGAAAAUGCAAGGUAUUCUCCAAAGAUCCAGAUCCCUGGUGCUUAUCUCCUCCCUACAGCAAAAAGUCAGGAUGUACAAAAGAUGUGCAUGGUCAUAGACUUGGAUGAAACUCUCGUUCACAGCUCAUUCAAGCCUAUCAGUAAUGCUGAUUUUGUAGUUCCUGUGGAAAUAGAUGGCAUUGUACACCAGGUUUAUGUGCUGAAGAGGCCAUUUGUAGAUGAAUUCUUAAAAAAAAUGGGUGAACUGUACGAGUGUGUUUUAUUUACUGCCAGUCUCGCAAAAUAUGCCGACCCUGUCGCUGACCUUCUGGAUAAGUGGGGGGUUUUCAGAGCAAGACUUUUCAGGGAAUCUUGUGUCUUCUAUCGAAGCAAUUAUGUUAAGGACUUGGCAAGAUUAGGAAGAGAACUGCACCGAGUUGUUAUUCUUGACAACUCUCCAGCUUCAUACAUUUUCCAUCCAGAUAAUGCAGUGCCCAUCUCUUCAUGGUUUGAUGAUAUGUCUGACACCGAACUCCGGGACUUGGUACCUACUCUGGAAAGAUUGAGUCAAAUGGACAGUGUGUAUUCCUUGAAAUGUAAUAUCAACCACACAGUAGGAGUACAUCCACAAUCCUCUCAGAUCCUUAAUGGACCUUCCAUCUAUUCUCAGAAACAGCUCAAUGGUACUUCUCGGUCUUAGUAGGUGAAGCCACUUGUUUUAAGUUCUUGGUUGUUUUCGAUGUCUGCAUAGCAGACUUAAUAUGAAAACACUGUUGAAGAUCAGGUUAGGCAGCUAAAUCAGAGGGUGGAGAGAGAGAGGAGACAUGUUGCCACGACAACAGCUAAAUAGCUUUAUCUGUGUAUUGCCAGUACCACAUAUAAUGAAUAUUUCUUUAUCCUGUAAAUGUCUUAACAUACAUGCGUUCAGUAGGAUGAAACUCCGGGGUUCGAAUUGAAACCUGUUUGUUGUAUUGUUUAUAUAUAUAUAUAUAUAUAGGUUGGGAGGAAUUUUUCCAAGGGUAGAUCUCUCAUUGCAUUGGGAAGAGAUUCCCAAGUACAAAGUCCUUUAUUUUGAGUUUAUUAUUUUUAAUUUCUUUAGUAAAUUAUAAAUCUGUGAAAAACUUUGGCAUUGCACUAACUUUUUCAAACGAAGACAACAGUGCAUGAAAUAUUGGUUAAUCUUUGAUGUUAGAAUUUUGUUUUUAUUUCAAGUUUGUGUCGCACGUUGUUAUUAGAAUGCAUAAUUUCGUGAACUGUUUUACUGGAAUGAAUCAAGAGGGAAAUGUGUCUUUUUUUUCAUGUUAUACCAAACAAUUGCCUGAUCUAUCAGCAUGAGUUACAUUUGUAUAACUUGUUUUUUGUUUGAUUAUAUGUUGCUUGGUAUAAAAGAUUUCAUAUCUUUAAGGAAGACAAUUAUUUAAUUUGUAACUUGCCUUGUUGGAGGGAA